AUGGUGCCGCCAGCUAAAGGUAUCACCAACAACAGCCGCACCCACACUCCCACGCCUUCUUCGGCCUCCAGUCCGUCAUUGAGGUCAAGAACGCCUGUCACUUUACCGAUGGGGUCUCUCAAUGGCAAUGUGAACCCGGGAGGAAAUGUGAAGGUCGUGGUGAGAGUCCGAGGUUUUCUGCCACGAGAGGUCGAGAGAGGAGCACAGUGCCUUAUCGAGAUGAAUCCGCAGACACAGUCCACGAAACUACUCCCGCCGCCCGGGACUGAUCCAGCCAAUGCCCGAGCUCAGACUCGAAAAGUCGUGGAGGAAAAAAACUUCACAUUCGACAACUCAUUCUGGUCGCACGACACAGAAGACGAGCACUAUGCUACACAGGAAGAUGUCUACAACUGCUUGGGAGAAGAGUUCUUGGAUCAUAACUUUGAGGGUUACCAUACCUGCAUUUUUGCAUAUGGUCAAACCGGGUCCGGCAAAAGUUACACUAUGAUGGGUACCGCAGACCAGCCCGGCCUGAUUCCACGGACUUGCGAAGACCUUUUCCAGCGGAUCGAGUCCAAUGAGAGCGCCAACAUCAGCUACAGCGUACGAGUCUCAUAUUUCGAAGUCUACAAUGAGCAUGUCCGUGAUCUCUUCCAGCCUCGAACAGACCCUCCGCAGUAUCUCAAAAUCAGAGAGUCACCGACCGAAGGGCCAUACGUCAAGGACUUGACGGAGAUACAAGUCAAAAACUACACCGAGAUUCUCAAGUACAUGCGUAUGGGCGACAGUUCCAGAACCACGGCUUCGACGAAGAUGAACGAUACCUCAUCGCGGUCCCAUGCAGUCUUCACCAUCAUGCUCAAGCAGAUCCACCACGACUACCGAACAGAUGAGACCACUGAGAGACUAGCCCGAAUCCGCCUCGUCGAUCUGGCUGGCUCGGAACGUGCAAAAGCAACCGAGGCCACCGGUCAGAGAUUAAGGGAAGGUGGAAACAUCAACAAAUCUUUGACCACCCUCGGAAGAGUCAUUGCUGCACUGGCCGACCCUAAAAAUGGGAGAACGCACGGCUCCAGGCGAUCAACCCGCGACAUUGUUCCGUACCGCGAUUCAAUCCUUACUUGGUUGUUGAAGGAUUCGCUGGGUGGAAAUUCGAAGACAGCCAUGAUUGCGUGCAUUGCUCCGGCCGACUAUGACGAAACUCUGUCAACUCUGCGUUACGCCGAUCAAGCCAAACGCAUCCGCACCAAAGCCAUCGUCAACCAGGAUCAUGUUUCGUCAGCAGAGAAGGAUGCUCAGAUCGCCGAGAUGCAAGACACAAUCCGCACUUUGCGGUGGACCCUUAGUCAACAGCAGCAAAGCGGUAAUGUCUCGGUCAUUAGAGCUGUUCAAGAGAAUGCCGACGUGCAAUCGGAGAAGAUUCGCGAGUUCACCACGAAAUAUGAGAACAUGUUGCAGAUCAUGGAAGAGAAACUCGCCAUCUCGGAGUCCAAGGUCCGGCAGCUCGAGGAAGAAAAGGAAGCCUUGAGCAUUCAUCUAAAGCUGGUGCUUGAGGAGCUCAAGAACCCAAUCAUCAUCAACAAGGAGCAAAGUGUAUCAUCGGACGAGCGAUCAAGAGCCGCCACGCCAGACAUGAUCUAUGAAGACGACACAGCUUCUGGUGACGAGGUCGAGACCGAAUCCGACUAUGACGAGGAGGCAGUGGAAAUGCAAGCGGAGAUGGAGGCUUUGAUUUCCGACUUCGCCUUCUUCAAGAAGAAGCUUGCUGCUGACCAUGAGAUGUUUGGUCUCAGCGCCGCGGCAUAA